GUUUACAUGAGUUCAUAAAGAGGGCAUAAGACCCGCACGGGUAGUUCAAUUGGUCGAGUGGUGGGAGAUUUGGAUUAAUGGAUAAGGUUCGAAUCCCCUCAUCGAUCGGGUGGAGGUAACAGAACCUGAAAUAAGGCUGAGCCUCUGAUGCGCACGGGUGUAUGAACCUACUGUCAUUCUACUUAUUGAGUCACUGUGACUAACCUCCACACUAUCGUGUCGAGUCGGGGUGAGGCUCCUGGGUGGGAGAUUCCACUUUUUUUAUGGAUCAUAAAGAGAGCAUAAGUUUCAUUCCAGUUCAUAAGUACGUACAUCCUUCCCUGCGGGAGCACUUAACAAAACUUGCCAGUCAAAACAAUGAAUAAAAGUGAAAAUAUGGUUGUCAUUUUUAGGAGACGUUGAAAAUGGAUUACUUUUCAGUCUUCCCGAUAUGAUGAUGAAUUGACGAUUGCUGUUGACAAAACACAUUUGACUGUCAAUCAUCAAUAUAAAAUAUGAGAAGAAAUGUGCGAUGGUAAUAUGCAGUUAGCUCUCCCAGAUGGGACGGGAUGUGUUCUCCAUCUUCCCCGGCGGCGGCGGUAAUGGUUUCAAAUCGUCCUCAUCAAUCCUGUUUAGUCUAAUAAUAGUAGUCAUUAUAAUUCUCACACAUCUGCCCCACCAGGGGAAAUCCGUGACCGACCGCGACACCUUAUUAAGAGUUAAGCGGCAAUGGGGUAACCCGUCUACGCUUCGAGUCUGGAAUUCCACCUCCUCCCCAUGUAGCUGGCCGGAGAUAGAGUGCUCCGGUGACGGAUCGGUCACAGGCAUCUUUCUCAAGGACUACGACAUUGUCUCCGAAAUUCCGCCGGAAAUCUGCAACCUUAGCAACCUUACCACACUCGACCUUUCCUACAAUUACAUCCCCGAUCAAUUUCCCACGUUUUUGUACAAUUGCUCCAAGUUGGAGCACUUGGACCUCUCUCAAAACUACUUCGUGGGUGAUCUUCCUCACGACAUUGACAGGCUACGGAACCUCAGGUACUUGGACCUCAGCGCCAACAAUUUCACCGGCGACAUCCCACGCUCUGUGGGGAACAUCACCGAACUCCGGCAGCUGAUGAUGUACCAAAAUCUGCUCAACGGCACUUUCCCUGUCGAAAUUGCCAACUUAUCAAAUCUGGAACAGUUGCAGAUGUCGUACAACAGCUUCUCACCCAGGGAGAUCCCGGAGGAGUUUGGCAACUUAAAGAAGCUCACGAUCUGCUGGUGGUCCUCCACAAAUUUAGUAGGAGAAAUUCCAAAAAGCUUUGAGAAUUUGUCUAGCCUCGAGCAGCUGGAUUUGGUUGGUAACAGUUUACAAGGUCAUAUCCCAGGCAAAUUGUUUUUGCUCCCAAACCUCGCUAAAGUUUACCUGUACAACAACAAUCUCUCAGGUUCCAUUCCCUCUCGUUUCGCAAAGCCAUCAAAACUGGUGGAGGUGGAUUUGUCCCAUAAUAGGUUAACAGGUGAAAUCCCGAUAGGGUUUGGAGAGUCAGAGGGACUUGAGCUUGUGGCUCUCUUUAUGAAUCAGUUGUCUGGUGCAAUUCCUCCAAACAUAGGCCUGAUGCCUUCUCUGAAAAAUUUCAAGGUUUUUAUUAAUAAUUUGAGUGGGAUUCUGCCUCCUCAAAUCGGGCUUCAUUCCAAGCUCGAAAGCAUUGAAGUGUCUGAAAAUAGGCUCAUAGGAAUAUUGCCUGAUAAUUUGUGUGCGGGCAAGGCCCUGGUUGGUAUCACAGCAUUCAACAACAAUUUCACUGGGGGAAUCCCUCCAUCACUUGAGAGUUGUAACACACUGUUGACUAUCCAGCUGUAUAACAAUGCAUUUUCAGGGGAAGUUCCACCCUGGAUUUGGACAUUGGAAAGCAUGAUAAGCGUGAUGUUGAGCAACAACUCCUUCUCCGGUAAGCUUCCGCAUGAAGUGGCUGAGAACUUCACACGGCUAGAGAUCAACAACAACCGCUUCUACGGGGAACUCCCUCCCCCAAAAAAUUCAUCUUCAUCACUCCAGGGAAUUAUUGUGUUUCAUGCAAGUAACAAUCUAUUGUCAGGACAUAUUCCAGGCGAGUUUACUGCUUUUCCUAAGCUGACUGAGCUAAAGCUCGAUGGGAAUUCACUUUCUGACGAGCUUCCCGAAAAUAUCUUGUCAUGGGCAUCUUUGCAUACACUGAGUCUUGCUAGAAACAAGCUUUCUGGCAAUAUUCCAGCAGCUAUUGGCUCUUUGUCCGAUCUUGUUGAUCUAGACCUAUCAGGCAACCAGUUUUUCGGCCCGAUUCCGCCAGAAUUGGACCGUUUGAGGCUCAAUGGGCUUAACCUUUCAUCAAACAAACUCUCUGGGAGAAUCCCAGCUCGUUUUGAUAACUUAGCCUUUGAGAAUAGUUUCUUGAGCAACCCUAGUCUGUGCGCUGUGGACCAACUGAGUAGUACACUUCCACGUUGUCAUUCAAAAACCACCCACCGCUUCCCAUGUAGGGUCAUUAUUCUCAUCACCGUCUUUGGAGUCAUUGCUUUUCUAGGCGUUUCAUUAAUUUUGUUCAAGGUUAGAGACUAUUCCAGAAAAAGGCGUGACAUCCCAACAUGGAAACUAACCUCAUACCAAAAAUUAGAUUUCACUGAAGAGAAAAUUCUACGCAAUCUGACGGAAAGCAAUCUGAUUGGGAGUGGUGGCUCUGGAAUGGUAUACAAAAUUUCAACUGGAAAAGAAGGUUCGUGCGUUGCUGUGAAGAGGAUCUCGAGUGACGGGAAGUUAGAUGAUGAGCUUGAGAGGCAGUUUGCUGCUGAGAUGGAGAUACUUGGCUCAAUCAGGCACACAAACAUUGUUAAGCUGAUGUGUUGCAUUUCCAGUGAGAGCUCAAAGCUGGUUGUCUAUGAGUAUAUGGAAUAUGGGAGUCUUGAUACAUGGUUGCACAAAAGAAAAAGAGGCUCCCUUGAGAACCUGGGAUUGGAUUGGCCUAAACGGUUGCAAAUCGCCACUGGUGCCGCUCAGGGCCUAUGCUAUAUGCACCAUGAUUGUGUUCCUCCCAUAAUGCAUCGAGACGUAAAGUCGAGCAACAUCUUGUUGGAUUCUCAGUUCAACUCUUUCAUUGCUGAUUUCGGUUUAGCAAAGGUUUUAGCGAAGAAGGGUGAACCGAACACAAUGUCUGCCGUUGUUGGAUCUUUUGGCUACAUUGCACCAGGUAUUCUUUGUGAUUUCUUUCUUUCUAUAUAUGUGUGUAGUAGUAGUAUUAAAAAGUGAUGAUGAUGAUGAUUCCAUAGGCCUUGUUCAUUAAAUAAAUAGUUACUAACGUUUUUGCAAUCUUGCAGAGUAUGCAUACACAACGAGAGUGAACGAGAAGAUUGACAUCUAUAGCUUCGGGGUGGUGUUGCUAGAGCUGGUGACGGGGAGAGAGCCCAAGUUUGUGGACGAGCAAAUAAGCCUUGUGGAAUGGGCAUGGGAGCAUUAUGCUGCUGAAAAAGCGAUUGAUGAAGUCUUGGAUGAGAAGAUCAAUGAAGCGUACGAGUUCUUGGAGGAUAUUAAGACGGUGUUCAUGCUCGGGCUGACAUGCACUAACAGAUUGCCUUCACACAGGCCUUCAAUGAGAGAUGUUGUGCGUACUCUCCUUCGUUGCAAAACUCUUAAUGACUCCAAGAGUAAGAAGGCGGAGGGAAAAAACUACAAUGUCGCACAUCUUGUUGCCCAUGACAGCUUAUCAGCUCCUACAACUUACUCCAGGAAGGCAGAUGAUAAUGAAAGUGAUGAUAGUAUACUCUCCAUUGUUUAGCACAUACUGCAAAACACACACAGAGUGUUAUAGUUGGUGCGACAGUCAUGUACAUAUAUGAUACCUGCAAAUGCAUAGUAUUUAUAAAAAACCUUAAUGCAAUUAUAUCUACUCAGAAAAAUAUCAAGGCCCCAUUCUUCCGCCUUUAUACAUACAAAUAUACAAUAUAUAUAUAUAUAUAUAGAGAGAGAGAGAGAGAGAGGGGGGGGGGGGGGGAUUCUCCUGUCCAGCACCUUCCCGUCCGAACGCCGUCCGAACACCGCCGUUUGGGCGGUUCCCGGUGGAAUUUUUUGAUGAUUGUUUUUGAGCAUGUUCCUCAUCAAGUUUAGUUCCAUACCAAAAUUCAGCUCAAACUUCGAUAGGGAAGACAGUGAAAUACUUCGUUGAAGUUAAGUGCGUUUUUCUAUGUAUAAUUUGGCGCAGUUAACUUCAACGAAUUAUUUGACUUCCUUCCCGACCGAAUUUUGAGCUGAAAUUUGGUAUGGAUAAACUAGACUUGAUGAGAAACAUGCUCAUAAAAUUUAUAAAAAAAUUCCACCUAGAACCUCAUCAAACGGCGGUGUUCGGCGGCGUUCAGACGGAAAGGUGUUGGACAGGGGAAUUCUUCUCUCUCUCUAUAUAAAGUGAGUUAAGUCUCUUUCCCACUCAUAUCUAGGGGCAUUUAAGUAACUAUGUAUAAUCUUAAUAAACACAACAUGGUUUUCUUCUUCUGAGCGCAUCUUGGAUCUAUUCUUUUGAGUUUCGACCUCCUCUUCACCACUUCUGUACCUUUCUUUUCCUGUAGCUCCUUUCCUGUUAAAUCUGUACCCUCGAGUAGCUUUCAUCGGUAGUUAAGUAUCCCAUCUUCUUAUCAUCCUUAGAGCUUCUUGGCAGCUUUAUGCAAAAGAGGCAAAGUACACUGUAACAUCCUUAGAGCUUCUUGGUAGCUUUAUGCAAAAGAGGCAAAGUACUCUCAAUAAAACUAAUGCUGAAAGAAAAGUAUUUUUAAAGCAUGCAGUGACAAAGUACACUCAACAAUAAGGCAGAAAAAAAACAUAAAGGUGUGACUGCAAUAUUUCUCUUCUUUUAGGUGUCCAAGAAGUUCACGCUUAUUCUACAUUGAAGUUUUAAUCAAAUCUUCGUAAGAAGUUUUGUCUUCUACUAAAAAAAAAUCCCAGAAACUAUGUCCUUAUAAAAUUUUACACAAGUCACACAAAAUGGAAGCGUGUAUUGCCAAUGUGGUGUGAAGUCUCCCCGUGUGUUGUCAAAGACACGGGUCAAAAGUUUUUUGGAUGUCAACGAUGGAAGCCAGGAGGUGGAGGGUGUGGAUUCUUUGCUUGGAAAGAGGAAGAUGAAAUUCAACAAGUAGGAAAUCAAAAUUUCAACUUGCAGGAGGUUAAAAUAGUGCUAUAUGAUUUACGAGAGCAAAUAAUUCAAACUCGUGGUGAAGUUUCCCAUGUAAAAGCAGCCUUGCACUAUGAGAUUUAAGAAAAUAAGAGAUUUAGAUACUCUAUAGGAGCUGUGAUAAUUUUUGUUGUAGCAAUGUGUAUCUUCAUGUGUGUAGGAGUACAAAGAUGGAACUGAUGGCAUUGUAAACAUGUUAUGUUUAGUUCUGUAGUUAGCCUUGUUCGCUGUAUUCAUGAAUAAAGGAUAUUGAAUAAACAUGUAUUGUGUGUUAAACGAUUUGUCUUAUGUUAAGUUGUGCAGCCAUAUGUUAUGUUUACUUCUGUAUUAAUGACAACAUUGGUGAACUACAACCUGCAGCAUGUCUCCCUGUUUUGUUUUUGCCUUCAUGGGAUCCUUUCUAACAUUACUUUAAACACAAAAUAUAUACAUGCAUAACAAUGGGAUUUCCACCAGGGUAUCCCUCUAGAUAUAACACCGCCACUUCCCUUUUUAGCAUGUGCCAUCCAUUAGCAGGUAGUAGAUUAGUAUGCGAAUCCUGCACAGAAACGGUUUAACACACAUACAUGCAUACAGUGUGAUCCGGAAAGAGCCAGGAGCAGUUUUAUAUGAUGUAGAGGAAUAGGGAUAGAAUAGGGGCAUUACAUUGCGAGAGGUUCAACAAAAUGUAUGACAUUACAUUUCCAGAUUAGUGUCAUUUUUAGCCAUGACCAAAACACAUCUAACUGCCCAAUCAUCACUACAAACAUUACAUGACAAAAGGGGUAUUUAAAUCCAUGAUCAUUACACAUCUAUAUUUAACCGUAUGAGACUUGAAGUCAAUCAUAUUUCUCCACCUUUGUCAAUAUAAAAAAUGAGUGGUCAUUGAGAGAAAAAGCAAUUAAAAUACAGAGAGGUCAGAAGAUACCAAUUGAAAUAAUAAUAAGUAUAAUAAAUUAUACCAAAUAAUGAAGAGCAGGUAGGAGAAGUUUAAGGAAUGUAGGGUUGUGUUAUGAUCAUGUUAAUAAAAUCUUCUUUUAUUAAUAGUAGUAUUAUUACUAUUAUCAUUAUCAUUAUCAUUAUUAUCAUCAUCAUCAUCAUCAUCAUCAUCAUCACCACCACUACUACUACUAUGAAUAAUCUUGUUAAAACAAUCUAAUAUUACUACUACUAUGAAUAUUUGUGAUUACAUUUAAUUUGAAUGUUUCUAAUUUCAAUAUUUAAAAUCAAAUAUAAUCAUAAUCUUUUUAUCUCAUAUAAUCUAAUUCGAACUAGACUGAAAGGUAAAUUUUAUCGAACAACAAUUAGGCCUGCAUUAAUGUCACAUUCAAAAGAUGAGUGUAGCAGAGAUGCGUAUGUUGCGUUGGAUGUGUGGACAUACCAUAAAUGACCGCUUGAGGAAUGAUAUAAUUAGACAAAAGGUGGGAGUAACACCUAUAGAAGAUAAGAUGCAAGAGUCUCGUUUGCGGUGGUUUGGGCAUGUGCAUAGAAGACCGAGUGAUGCACCUGUUAGACGACUUGAGGGGUGGGGAGAAGAGGCAGAGAAGAGAGGGAGGGGAAGACCCAAACAGACUUGGUUUAGAAGAAUCAGAACUGAUAUGUGUCUUAUUGAGUUGGAUGAGAGUAUGACUUUGGAGAGAGCAAAGUGGAGGGAGGGUGCACAUCCGUGUGGACGAUUGAUGUCUUUUCUACUUUUUCUCUCUUUUUUCUUUUAUCGUUUAUCUUCUUUAUCUUUUUAUAUUCUUAUGUUAUUUUUAUCUUCUAACCUUUUAAUGUUCUUUUAUUUUUUUCUCUUUUCUUUCUUAUAUUCUUGUUUAUUGUUAUCUUAUAUAUAUUUUACGAAAAGUGAUCGUAAUAGCUUCCAAAAACAAAAUAAGUGAAGAUGGGCUUUCUAGAAUACUAGAAUUGUAUGGUGCGUAAGUUCCUCUACUCAUUUAAACAUUAAAGCCUGAUUAUAAAGUCUGGUUCUAAGACUUGAAUUGUUUCUGGUGCUUACUUGUUUAUGAGUUUUCUCAAACAAUUUGAUAUAAUAUCAAUACAUCGUUCUCCCCACGCCCCAAAAUAAUUUGAUUUAGCAUAUCAAUAGUGUCAACACAAUUUAUUUAGGUUUUAUUGUAUCAAUUUUUAAUUAUAUUCUAAUUCGAAUUUGUGACAUUUCAGAACUUUCAAGUAAUUUUCGAAUAUGUAAGUUGUAAUCAUUAAAACUGAUUUAACACUCCGCAUGGAUGAUUUUUAUCAUCAAUUAACCUUAAAAUUCGCAAAUGACAAUUCAACUAGGAAUGAAUGAAAUAAAAUACUACGCAUUUAAUUACUCUCUCCGUCCCGAAAUAAUUGUCCUACUUUGACCUUCACACAUAUUAAGAAAAUGAAGUUAACUUCACACUGUAGCGACACUGUUUGGCACUGUAGCGACACUGUUUGACACUAUAGCGACACUGUUUGGCACUGUAACGACAUCGUUUGACACUGUUUUGUAUAGAUUUGUUUACCAAAUAAGAAAAGUUUCAAAGUAGGACAUUUAUUUUAGAACAUCCAUUUUGGGAAAGCAGGACAUUAAUUUCGGGACGGAGGGGUACAUAUUUACCUCCAAUUUUCUUCAAGGAAAGCAUUUUUCUAUAGUAAUGAUUGGAUGGGCAUUUGAUUUUCUUUGUUUUGAAAAUCAAAUAACCUUUAUUAAACACCGUGCUUCACCAUCUUCCUUGAAUUAUUCAUUUGAAUUGAAAUUUUUAUAUUUUGUGUCAUGUGUGAUGUACUCCUUAUAUGUCAUGUGUGAUGGUACUCCCUCGGAUUUGACUUCGUCAACUUUCUUUUCCGUUUGUAUAAAAAUUUGUCACUUUUUUAUUUAAAGUAAAGAACUUGUGAUCUUGUUUAUUUUUGUUUCUUUUGCACAAAUCUCAAUUACAAAAUUCUUUUUUCCUUAUUUUACACUCAACAAAAAGUUGGUAAAGCUUAAUGAGAUGGAGGUAAUAAAUUAAUUUUGGUUCCUAUUAACUUUGUCUAUCCGUACAAAUUUAAACGAAACAAUUUUUAUUACUACCUCCAUCCCGAUGUACUUUGCCAAGUGCAAAGUAGGUGAAAAAUAAGAAAAGUAAAACUGCGUGGUUGAGAUUUGUGAAGAGGAGAGACAAAUGUGUAGAACGAAAAAUUAGUUGCUUUAAUUUGAAAGUUACAAAGUUUUUUGAGAUAAUCAAAAAGAAAAAGUUGGCAAAGUCCAAUGGAAAGGAGAGACUAUAUUAUUUCACCAUAGUCAAACUUAACAAACUUGCCAGUCAAGACAAAGAAUAAAAGUGAUUUUUAAUUAUAUUGUUACUAGGUAUCAUUUUAGUAGACGUUGACAAUGGAUAACUUGUCUUUAUUAUACUCCGUAUAAAACAUGAGAAGACAUGCUAAUAUGUAAUUAGCGCUCUGAGAUGGGACGAGAUGUGUGCUCCAUCUGCCAGGACGGCGCCGCCGCCCAUGAUUGCAAAUCUUCCUCAUCACUCCUGUUUAGUCUAACGAUAGUCGCUAUUAUAAUCCUCACACAUCUGCCCCACCGGGGGAAGUCCGUGACCGACCGCGACACCUUAUUAGGAGUUAAGCGACUAUGGGGUAACCCGUCUACGCUUCGAGCCUGGAACUCCACCUCCUCUCCAUGUAGCUGGCCGGAGAUAGAGUGCUCCAGUGACGGAUCGGUCACCGGCAUCUUUCUCAAGAACUACGACAUUGUCUCCGAAAUCCUGCCGGAAAUAUGCAACCUUAGCAACCUCACCACACUCGACCUUUCCUACAAUUACAUCCCCAACCACUUCCCCACGUUCUUGUACAAUUGCUCCAAGUUGGAGCACUUGGACCUCACUCAAAACUUCUUCGUGGGUCCCCUUCCUCACGACAUCGACCGGCUACGGAACCUCCGCUACUUGGACCUCAGCGCCAACAAUUUCACCGGCGAUAUCCCACGCUCCGUCGGGAACAUCACCGAGCUCCGGCAGCUGAUGAUGUACCAAAAUCAGUUCAACGGGACUUUCCCUGCCGAAAUUGCCAACUUAUCAAACCUGGAACAGUUGUGGAUGUCGUUUAACAACUUCUCACCCAGUGAGAUCCCGGAGGAGUUUGGCAACUUAAAGAAGCUUAAGUUCUGCCUUUGGGACUCCACAAAUUUAGUCGGAGAAAUUCCAAAAAGCUUUGAUAAUUUGUCUAGCCUCAAGGAACUGGAUUUGAAUGGUAACGAUUUACAAGGUCAAAUUCCACGCGGAUUGUUCUUGCUCCCAAACGUCACUGUCGUUUCACUGUACAACAACAAACUCUCGGGUUCCAUUCCCUCUCGUUUCGCAAAGCUAUCAAAACUGGUGAUAGUGGAUUUGUCCAAUAAUACGUUAACAGGUGAAAUCCCAGGAGGGUUCGGAGAGUUAGAGGGACUUGAGUUUGUGGCUCUCUUUGAGAAUCAGUUGUCUGGUGCAAUUCCUCCAAACAUAGGCCUGAUGCCGUCUCUAAAAAAUUUGAAGGUUUUCAAUAAUAAUUUGAGUGGGAUUCUGCCUCCUCAAAUUGGGCUUCAUUCCAAACUAGAAACCCUUGAAGUGUCCUCAAAUAGGCUCACAGGAAGAUUGCCCGAGAAUUUGUGUUCCGGCAAGGCGCUGAUUGGUAUCACAACAUUCAACAACAAUUUCACGGGGGGGAUCCCUCCAUCACUUAAGAGUUGUGACACACUGGUGACUAUCCAGCUGCAUAACAAUGCAUUUUCAGGGGAAGUUCCACCCUGGAUUUGGACAUUGGAGAGCAUAGAAAGUGUGAUGUUGAGCAACAACUCCUUCUCCGGUAAGCUUCCGUAUGAGGUGGCUGAGAACUUCACCCGCUUAGAGAUCAACAACAACCGCUUCUACGGGGAACUCCCUACCCCCAAAAAUUCAUCUUCAUCACUCCAGGGCAUUAUUGUGUUUCAAGCAAGUAACAAUCUAUUGUCGGGACAUAUUCCAGACGAGUUUACUGCUUUUCCUAAGCUCACUGAGCUAAAGCUCGAUGGGAAUUCACUUUCUGGCGAGCUUCCAGAAAAGAUCUUGUCAUGGGCAUCUUUGAGUACAUUGAAUCUUGCUAGAAACCAGCUUUCCGGCAAUAUUCCAGCAGCUAUUAGCUCUUUGCCCGAUCUUGUUGAUCUAGACCUAUCAGGCAACCAGUUUUUCGGCCCAAUUCCACAAGAAUUGGACCGUUUGAGGCUCAAUGGGCUUAACCUUUCAUCAAACAACCUCUCUGGGAGAAUUCCAUCUCGUUUUGAUAACUUCGCCUUUAAGAAUAGUUUCUUGAGCAACCCUAGCCUGUGCGCUGUGGACCAACUGAGUAGUACACUUCCACGUUGUGAUUCAAAAACCACCCGCCGCUUCCCACCUAGAGUCAUUAUUCUCAUCGCAGUAUUUGGACUCAUUGCUUUUCUAGGUCUUUCAUUAAUCUUGUUCAAGAUCAGAGACUAUUCCACGAAGAGGAAGAAAAGGCGUGACACCCCAACAUGGAAACUGACCUCAUAUCAAAAAUUAGAUUUCACUGAAGAGAAAAUUCUAUGCAAUCUGACGGAAAACAAUCUGAUUGGGAGUGGUGGCUCCGGAAUGGUAUACAGAAUUUCAACUGGAAAAGAAGGUUUGUGCGUUGCUGUGAAGAGGAUCUCGAGUGAUGGGAAGUUAGAUGAUGCGCUUGAGAGGCAGUUUGCUGCUGAGAUGGAGAUACUCGGCUCAAUCAGGCACUCAAACAUUGUUAAGCUGAUGUGUUGCAUUUCCAGUGAGAGCUCAAAGCUGGUUGUCUAUGAGUAUAUGGAAUAUGGGAGUCUUGAUACAUGGUUGCACAAAAGAAAAAGAGGCUCCCUUGAGAACCUGGGAUUGGAUUGGCCUAAACGGUUGCAAAUCGCCAUUGGUGCCGCUCAGGGCCUAUGCUAUAUGCAUCAUGAUUGUGUUCCUCCCAUAAUGCAUCGAGACGUAAAGUCGAGCAACAUCUUGUUGGAUUCUCAGUUCAACUCUUCAAUUGCUGAUUUUGGUUUAGCAAAGGUUUUAGCCAAGAGGGGUGAACUGAACACAAUGUCUGUUGUUGCUGGAUCUUUUGGCUACAUUGCACCAGAGUAUGCAUACACAACGAGAGUGAACGAGAAGAUUGA